ACUUCAAAUUAGCACCGGGUAGUCCUCAAGGUUUUUUAGUUCCCACAACCGGAGCGUUUUCUUGUCUCCACGACAUUAAACUCCAUUCUCCUCCGUUUCAUUUGAAGGACUCUGAUUCCACAUCGACUCAUGGCGGCGAACACGGGCACCUCCCUCGUGCUGUCCAGCCUGCUGUCAGUGCUGGUGUUUGCCGGGAUGCAGAUGUUCAGUAAACAGCUGGGAUCUACCGAGUGGCUCACCAUCCUGGGAGGUUUCCUGGGCUCGGUGCUCUUCAUCUGUUCCCUCACUGCAUUUAAUAAUCUGGAAAACCUGUUCUUUGGGAAAGGAUUCCAAGCCAAGAUUUUCCCAGAGAUUCUGGUUUGCAUGUGCCUGUCACUGUUUGCCUCAGGUCUGGUUCAUCGUGUCUGUGUCACCACAUGCCUCAUCUUCUCCCUCUUCGCCUUGUACUACAUCAACAAAAUAUCUGCCGCUCUUUACCAAGCAGCUGCUCCUGCAGUCCCAGUGGCAAAGGCUGCCAGCAAGAGCAAGAGGAAGAACUAAGGAACCUGUGGGAUGGCCCUGGAAGUUCACCAGUCAAUAUUGUCCAGAUGCUGAUGGACAGUGAAACACAACUGUGUAUAUUUUGACAGAGUAAUUUCUCUAAUCCACUGCCCUCUUAUAACAUCGGUUUAUUUCAGUGAGUGCAAAUUUGUAACCGUUACGACACAGUUUUUGUUUUACAGUGAUCUCAAAUUUGAAUUGUUCUUGGUAUACCGAGGUGAAUGAACAUCUAUCUACAUUCCAUUGAAGACCUUUUCCUCUGCACUGUAUUUACACUAGUUACAAUGAGAUUCAUCAACCCAUCCAUGUUAUUUGUAUAUGCAUCAGCCCAUCAAGUGACUUUUUUUGUUUAAUUCAUUUUGUAAUUAAACUCUGUAAAAGAC